ACGAAUUUUGAAUUUGGAACGGCUGAACGGUUCGGCGGCCAUUUUUGUCCGAUUUUCAGUGAGUGUCGCGAUGGCCAGUGACCACGUUGCUCAGUUAUUGUUCGGACUUUAAAAAUGUGAAAAGUGCUUAAUUAGAGAAUUUCAAAGCAGGUAAACAAUCAACAAAAUGCAGCCGUUCCAGUCAAACGCCCGACCGGAGGGCCCGAGGGAGUCGUCGCCUGAACGAGCCAAAUCACCGGACACUCAGACAGCUCCUCCUGUACUUAACUUCUCAAUAGCAAGGCUGAUGGAGCCGGACAGAAAGAAAUCCGUUUCGCCGGAACCAACGCCCCCUUCGAAUUUCCUCUCGUAUGGCGCACAUUUACUGGACUCCGCUUUCAAACAAUACAUACCAGCUGCGAGAAGACAGCUCGUUUCGCACUAUCCGCUCUUGUACUACAGUCCGGACCUGCUAUCCUUGACCUACGCGCCACAGAUGCAUCUCUCGCGACCUCCGCCCGCCCCGUCUCCAGUACAGAGACAGCCCAGUCCACGACCCCCGGCUGCCGACCAAGCCGUCUCCUCGACUACGGGCCCCACGCCGUCGCCGGCAAAGAACAAGAGCUUCGCGUGUGGCGAUUGCGGUAAAGUAUUCAAUGCGCAUUACAAUCUGACGAGACACAUGCCCGUGCACACCGGGGCCAGGCCGUUUGUGUGCAAAAUAUGCGGAAAAGGCUUCCGUCAAGCUUCGACGCUGUGCCGGCAUAAGAUAAUACACACUUCGGAGAAACCUCACAAAUGCCUGACGUGCGGAAAAGCCUUUAAUCGCUCAUCGACGUUGAAUACUCACGCGAGAAUACACGCCGGAUAUAAGCCAUUCGUCUGCGAAUUCUGCGGCAAGGGAUUCCACCAGAAGGGCAACUAUAAGAACCACCGUUUGACUCACAGCGGCGAGAAGGCGUACAAAUGCAGCAUUUGCAACAAAGCUUUCCACCAAAUAUACAAUCUGACGUUUCAUAUGCACACGCACAACGAACGGAAGCCGUUCACUUGCAGCAUCUGCGCUAAGGGCUUCUGCAGGAACUUCGAUCUGAAGAAGCACACAAGGAAGCUGCAUAUGGGCGGUUCGAAUAAUGGAGACUCUUCACUGGACGCGCAGGACGACUCGACACAGGAGACCACUGCUAGUCCCGGCGAAGAACCGAGCAGGAUCGCCUUCAGACCGUUCUUAGGGUCUUCGUAUUCACGGAUCUUGGACCCUGCUCGUAUAACGGCGCCCAAUGCGUUUUUCUCGAAGCUCUUGUGACCGCCGGCUUCGUAUUUUGGGAGCUUCAAUGAAAAUAACCAUUGAAUUGAUCGUGGAUUUGAUUUAGUUUCGGAAACUGCUGUAAUUAUCGCUGUGAAUAUUUGUAAUGCUUAUAUUUAAAAAAAAAAUUAAUUCUAUUUUAUAAUUUUAUUCAAAUUAGACAUAUCUACCAAUCAAAUUAAACGUAUUUGAUAUCUUCAUAUUUGUAAAUAUAAAAAAGUCAUCAUUCAAUAUGUAAAAAUAUUAUGUAGAUUUUCGUUUUUAUUGUAAUUAUAGUUUAAUAGCAUCUACUACUUGCAGAUAGCGAAGAAAUUUAUUAUAGUGAGUCAAGAUAGUCAAGUAAUUAUUUUCUAUAGGAAAAUCUACUGUCUCAUUUAUGUACAUAUGUUGACAUUGAUAAAAUGCUUCCC